UUAAACAACCCAAGUGUUGUAACAGCAUCUGAAGUUCCAGAAGAAAUGCAGGAUAUUGCAUUUAAUGAUGUCCCUCUUCUUGUGAUGGAAUACUGUACAGGAGGUGACUUGCGUAAGGUGUUAAAUAAGCCUGAAAAUUGCUGUGGACUUAAAGAGAGUCAAGUGCUUAGUAUCUUACAGGAUGUCGGUUCUGGAAUCCAGUAUUUACAUGAAAAUAGAAUUAUCCAUAGAGAUCUGAAACCUGAGAACAUUGUAUUGCAAGAAACCAAUGGCAAGUUGAUACACAAAAUAAUUGACUUGGGCUAUGCAAAGGACCUGGACCAAGGAAGCCUUUGCACCUCUUUUGUCGGCACACUGCAAUACCUGGCACCAGAACUAUUUGAGUCACAGCCUUACACAGUCACUGUCGACUACUGGAGCUUUGGAACAUUAGUGUUUGAGUGCAUCUCUGGUUUUCGACCAUUUUUACACAAUAUGCAACCUUUCCAAUGGCAUGGCAAAGUUAAAAUCAAAGGCCAAAAUGAUAUUAUGGCUGUUGAAGAGAUGAAUGGUGAAGUAAAGUACUCCCAAAACUUACCACAGCCCAAUGGUCUUAGCAGCCUCAUGGUAAAACCACUGGAGACGUGGCUACAGUUAAUGCUGGGUUGGGAUCCAAAACUGCGAGGUGGCAAAAUAGAACCACAGUCAAAUCGACCAGAGUGUUUUUUACUUCUAGAUCAAAUUUUAAGUCAGAAGUACGUACAUAUAUUAAAUAUGACUUCAGCUCGAAUCCACUCUUUUCUGAUCAAACCUGAUGAAAGCCUCCAUUCCCUUCAACUGCGUAUUGAAACUGAAACAGCAAUAUCUCCUGCAAAUCAGGAGUUGCUUCUAGAAACUGGAAUUUCGUUGGAUCCUCGUAAACCAGCCAAUCAGUGUGUACUGGAUGUGAGAGGCUGGGAUAGCUACAUGGUCUAUCUAUUUGAUAAAAGUAGCACGAUCUAUGAAGGACCUUUUGUUGCCAGAAAAUUACCAGAACAUGUCAAUUAUGUUGUGCGGGAUGCUAAGAUAAUGUUGCCCAAUGUGCAACUGAGGAAGGUAUGGGGUGAAGCAGUGAAUUAUGUCUGUGGAUUGAAGGAGGAUUACAGCAGACUUUUCCAGGGACAAAGAGCUGCAAUGCUGAGUCUCCUUCGUUAUAACAAUAACCUUACAAAAAUGAAGACAACAAUGUUUUCCAGUUCUCAACAGUUGAAGGCCAAGUUGGAUUUCUUUCAGUCAAGCAUUAAACUUGAUCUGGAAAAAUACAGCGAACAAAUGGCAUAUGGAAUAUGUAAGUGGUUAAUUUUUUAAUUCACUUCUCUGAAA